AUGACUAGUACUCUGAAUGAUGUGUGGGGAGCUUUUAGCGCCCGUAUUGCCAGCAGAAAAAGCAUCACUCAACUCGACUACCACCCACCCAGCUCGACUACCACCCACCCAGCUCGACUACCACCCACCCAGCUCGACUACCACCCACCCAGCUCGACUACCACCCACCCAGCUCGACUACCACCCACCCAGCUCGACUACCACCCACCCAGCUCGACUACCACCCACACAGCUCGACUACCACCCACCCAGCUCGACUACCACCCACCCAGCUCGACUACCACCCACCCAGCACGACUACCACCCACCCAGCUCGACUGCCACCCACCCAACUCGACUGCCACCCACCCAGCUCGACUACCACCCACCCAGCACGACUACCACCCACCCAGCUCGACUACCACCCACCCAGCUCGACUACCACCCACCCAGCUCAACUACCAUCCACCCAGCUCGACUACCACCCACCCAGCUCGACUACCACCCACCCAGCUCGACUACCACCCACCCAGCACGACUACCACCCACCCAGCACGACUACCACCCACCCAGCUCGACUACCACCCACCCAGCUCGACUACCACCCACCCAGCUCGACUACCACCCACCCAGCUCGACUACCACCCAACUCGACUACCACCCACCCAGCACGACUACCACCCACCCAGCUCGACUACCACCCACCCAGCUCGACUACCACCCACCCAGCACGACUACCACCCACCCAGCUCGACUACCACCCACCCAGCUCGACUACCACCCAACUCGACUACCACCCACCCAGCUCGACUACCACCCACCCAGCUCGACUACCACCCACACAGCUCGACUGCCACCCACCCAACUCGACUACCACCCACCCAGCUCGACUACCACCCACCCAGCACGACUGCCACCCACCCAGCUCGACUGCCACCCACCCAACUCGACUGCCACCCACCCAGCUCGACUGCCACCCACCCAGCUCGAGUGCCACCCACCCAACUCGACUACCACCCACCCAGCUCGACUACCACCCACCCAGCUCGACUACCACCCACCCAGCUCGACUACCACCCACCCAGCACGACUACCACCCACCCAGCUCGACUACCACCCACCCAGCACGACUACCACCCACCCAGCUCGACUACCACCCACCCAGCUCGACUACCACCCACACAGCUCGACUACCACCCACCCAGCUCGACUACCACCCACCCAGCACGACUACCACCCACCCAGCACGACUACCACCCACCCAGCUCGACUACCACCCACCCAGCUCGACUACCACCCACCCAGCUCGACUACCACCCACCCAGCUCGACUACCACCCACACAGCUCGACUACCACCCACACAGCUCGACUACCACCCACACAGCUCGACUACCACCCACACAGCUCGACUACCACCCACCCAGCUCGACUACCACCCACCCAGCUCGACUACCACCCACCCAGCACGACUACCACCCACCCAGCUCGACUACCACCCACCCAGCUCGACUACCACCCACCCAGCUCGACUACCACCCACCCAGCUCGACUACCACCCACCCAGCUCGACUACCACCCACCCAGCACGACUACCACCCACCCAGCUCGACUACCACCCACCCAGCUCGACUACCACCCACACAGCUCGACUACCACCCACCCAGCUCGACUACCACCCACCCAGCUCGACUACCACCCACCCAGCUCGACUACCACCCACACAGCUCGACUACCACCCACACAGCUCGACUACCACCCACACAGCUCGACUACCACCCACCCAGCUCGACUACCACCCACACAGCUCGACUACCACCCACACAGCUCGACUACCACCCACACAGCUCGACUACCACCCACACAGCUCGGGCUGCCAGCAAUGCAGGGAGAUGACUUAA